GUCAUUGACGUAAAUUUAAGGUUAUCAAAUAAAAAAAGUUGUUGAUAAAAAUGUCAAGACACCAUAUACGUAUAAAAAAAAAGUUUUAUUCAAAGAAUUCUUGUCCAAAAAACGUCUUUCAGAAAAGGACACAAAAGUCCAGGAAGACAGGAAGAAGAGUCUUCGUCGGUGGAUCAACUUUGAUAGGAAAUCUGAUUCCUUCUGGUAUCGAAUGCAUCUGGCUCAAAGAUGGCAUCGGCAGCGCCAACCAACCCCGAGGACAAGGAAGGCCCCAGAGGGCUCCCUCAUAUGAAUUCUUACUGGACUUGCGAUUUGCUAUAAAACCCCCUGGAGAGUCUCAUCGAGAAAUUGCAUGCAAUCACCUUUCGAGACUUCAAACUCGAUUGCUCCUGUUGCAAGCCAGUGUUGUAAUUCGAUGA